GCCGCGUGUGGCUUCCGCUUCUGGGCUGGAUUGACACACAAUGAGGAGCCGAGGCUGGAGAGACGCGCUGCGAACACCGCUGUAAAUAAAUACUACAAUCACUGAGGCCGGAGCGACAUGGAGAACCAGUGCACAGUGCAGGUGAAGCUGGAGCUGGGCCACAGAGCUCAGCUGAGGAAGAAAGUUACCUCAGAAGGUUUCACCCACGACUGGAUGGUGUUUGUCCGAGGGCCAGAGACCGGCGACAUCCAGCACUUUGUAGAGAAGGUUGUGUUCCGCCUGCACGAGAGCUUCCCCAAACCCAAAAGAGUAUGCAAGGAACCUCCAUACAAAGUGGAGGAGUCGGGCUACGCAGGCUUCCUCAUGCCUAUUGAGGUCUACUUCAAGAACAAGGAGGAGCCAAAAAAGGUGUGUUUCAACUACGACCUGUUCCUUAACCUGGAGGGCAACCCCCCAGUUAACCACCUGCGCUGUGAGAAGCUCACCUUCAACAACCCCACCAAAGAAUUCAGGAGAAAGUUGAUCAAAGCUGGAGGGGUAUUGGUGGUUCCAGAGGGGGCUGAAGCAAGACCCAAUCCAGAUUACCCAAUGCUCCCCACCAUCCCCCUCUCUGCCUUUUCAGACCCCAAGAAGACCAAGACCUCUCACGUGUCAAAGGAACCCAGCAAAGAAGGAAGCGGUGGAAGCAAGGGACCGAAACCACACAAGGUGACCAAGGAGCAUCGCGAACGACCCCGAAAAGACUCUGAGAGCAAAGCCACGUCAAAAGGAGACAACGACCGAGAUGGAAGCAGCAAGGGUGGCCGAGAUCCUUCCUCUUCCUCGUCCACGUCUUCAAAAAAGCCGCCAGAGAUCAAAGUGAAAGAGGAAGUGAAGGUUCUACCCAAGGCGGCAUUCAAGGAGCCUAAGCUCACCCUGAAGGAGUCAAAGAUGGAGGGCAUGUCCCCUAAAGGAGGGGGGGCUGGGAGUGGAGGGGGCGGCGGGGGAGGAGGAGGAGGAGGAGGCGGGGGAGGCCCAGCAGAAUCCAAAGCACCGGGGAAACGACCCGCCACUGUGGAGUCUCCAAAACCCAGUGCGAAGAAGCAGAAGAAGGCCAGCUCCGAGGGGCCGAAGGGGCCAGGAAGUGGAGCUUUCACAGGAACCUCUCCUCGUGUCUCUUCAUCGUCUGCAGCUAACCAGUCCUACGCUGAGAAGAAACCCUCCAAGGAAAAAGGCCGCUGGGCCAGAGGCAAAAAUGACACACAGGAGCUGAAGGAGCCAAAGAAAGUUCCAGAGUCAGAGGAGUCAAAUUCAGAUGAAGCCUCGUCAAAGUCAGAGGUACGAGAGCAGUCGGCCCCUUCCAGUCCUUCCAACUCCAGUUCUAGUUCUGACUCCAGUUCAGACUCAGACUUUGAGCCGGGACAGAAACCAGGGCAAGGCCCGUUAAGAUCCAUGGUGGAGGAGAUCCAGUCAGAAGAGUCGGAUGAUGAUGACAGCAGCUCGGAGGAGGAGACCCCCAUCAAGACGAACCCCCCAAACCGUGACUCUCGACUCAGCUUGGACAGCGAGAGUGACAGCAGUGACGGCUCGCACCGCCCCAGUCGAGACCCCGCCCCGCCCCCACAGAAACACAGCUCCUCCAACAACAAAGUGUCUGGCAGAAAGAGUCCAGAUUCCUCUUUCCGCUCAGAAAAGGUGUUGAAGAAGGGAUACGACAAGGUAGGAAGGGCCUACACAGAGGAACUGGUGGACCUCCAUCGCAGACUGAUGGCUUUAAGAGAGCGUAAUGUUCUACAGCAGAUUGUCAACCUGAUCGAGGAAACGGGCCACUUCAACGUGACCAACACCACCUUUGACUUUGACCUCUUUUCACUGGACGAGUCCACUGUCCGCAAACUACAGAGCUACCUGGAGGCGACGGCCACGUGACAGGAAGUGGACGCCGGCGUGUGGAUGGCAGCAGCGAUGGGAGUCGACUCGCCACCUAUUCUCCUCUCGCAGGCGAGGUGACGAGUGGUCACAUCUGCCGCAGCUGUUUCACAGGUCUGACUGAAACAUUGAACAACUAACACACGGACAGAAAAACACGGUCAAACGCGAGCACACAUGAAGACACACCACUUUCACGUGACGCUGGGGAGGAACCGGGAGGAGGUGGCGGAGGCGUUGAAGGGAGCCGCUGAUCUCCGUCUACAGUCAGGAUUUUCAUCACACGUCUCUUUUUUUUUGAGUCCGUGCAGAGCUGUGGAAUGCACCCCACACACCCCCCCCCUCCCCCUCAUCCUCCUGCACUGCACUCAUAUUGCUACCGCCUUAGCGAAGCCACUACUCCUCCUCCUCCUCCUCUUCACACGAACACUUCUUACCCAGCAGAGCACUCCAGUUCCCCUCCCCCUGCUGUCAGCUGGAGCUCAUUUCUCUCCCGACAUACUGUCGAGUGUGUGAGUGUGUGAGUGAGUUUUUUGUCUGUGCACGUGUGUGCAUGCGAGCACUGCUGAGGUUUAACAGGACAAGUUGUUUUUGUUGUUACUGACUUCUCUUUGUUCUUGAUGCCCGAGUACAAACAGCCAGUUUCCCUCCUUCCCAUGAGCACACGUGGAAAAAACAUACAUAAAGGUUACCUUUACUUUAAUCCCCCCCACCUCACCCCACCCCACCCUCUGAUUGAGCAUUUAUGACUACAGGCACUACACUAAUAUUAAGUAAACGGUUUAUAGCACACUGUAAUGCAGUUGUAAGUAGUUAUUAAUGUUUAGUGCAAUGAUGUAGAUAUAAGACAACACUGACUUUUUGAAGAAACAUUCGUCAAAGAAGUCCACAUCCUUGAAGCCUUCGGUCUGAAAAGUGAAACAGAAAUUAAUAUUCAAGCCGAGCAUCAGUCAGAUACUCAGUUUUUUGUGUCAGGGCCUCGUGAGCAGACAUAAUGAAUUUCUUCUUCCCUCUUCGAGCUGCCCGUCUACUCUGACAGCGUUAAUUCUUGGCUGCUGGGCACAUCUUUCUUCCUGGUUCGUUUAGCAUGAAAUACUCGUGAUGAAUUUAUUAAAACCCAUCCACCAGAAGCAGAAAGUCUAAAUAAACCCUUUAUUCGCUGACUUACUCUUAACAGACGUGAAGACACUUUUCCUCAAUCUGUGGGAGCUGCUGUAUCAGCGGUGCUCUCUAUUUGUAAAGAAUAUCUGAUGUUAUAAAGACACAAUUGUCUUGUUCUUGAAUAAAGGACAAACCACACUUUUUAAACUUUAUUUUUAGAAAGAAUGAAGUCUUAUAUUUGGAUUAGCACGGUAUUUGUCAUUGAAAAUAAUUAUUUCAUUGUCGAUUAGCCGCUGAUGUAUUUUUCCGAACAAUUACUGUAAAAAAGUUCCAAGUGAACAUUGUAACCUUCAAUUAGCUUGUUUUAUUUGAUCAAAUUUAAAAACCUCAAACACAUGGAACAAAUCUUCUUCCUGAGGAAGAUGAAAGUAAAUUAAAUUGUGGAUUUUUGCCUGAAAAUAGUUUAUUGAAAAGAUUCUAAAAACAGUUGCUGGUUCAUUUUGUGUUGGUCAACUUCUGAUUUAAGGCUCCAGUAAUGAUAUAUAUUAUAUGGUACAUUAGUAAACACUUAAAUGUUCUUAUACCUUCAAACAACUGCAUUAUAGAGUGUUUAUUAUAUGUUCAGUGCUUUCAAUGCUACACAAGGGGGGGUGAAAGGAAAGUGUCCUUACACUUAACACUGUACAUGAAGAUACUGAGGUGUGUGUGUGUUUGUGUGUGUGUGUGUGUGUGUGUUUGUUUCAGAUGAGGCUUCUCUGUUGUCUGAACAUCUGAAAACGUCUCCUCUGUUGAGUUUCCCCCCCUCCUCUACUUCCUCGCACUGAAAGCUGAGCCUUGACCUCCUACCAACAGACCCCCACCCCCUUCUUUCCUUCAGAAGCUCCCUCACUCCAUCCCUUCGUCUCUCCCUCCUCCUCCUCCUCCUCCUCUUAUUCCCAUAUUGGCGUGCAUGAAAGGGCUCGACUGCUCGUGGCCAGAGCAGUGGAGGAUCACUCCGGAAUUGCCUUCUAAGUGGUGGGAGGGUUUAAAGAAAUAAUAAGCCGUGAAAAAGUAGCCAUACUUGUCUCCCAGAAUCCAAAAAAAUACGAAAACAAAAAAUAGGGGCCACGCUUUUUUACAUUUUAUUUUUCUACAAGUGCAUUUUGUGUAUUUAUUCCCACACUGCGGUUAAGGAAAACCUGUGAGCUAUGAAUGUAUAUCGCUUUUACUUUUCUACGGCUAGCAACAGCCCCACUCUAGUGCCUUUUUCCUGCACCUUGCAGUGUGAGGGGGUGGUGUGCGCUCUCUUAGCCAUGGUCACACUGAUUGAACCCACCCCCCUCAAAACGCCCCGCCCCCCCCCUCCACGGGGGGAUACAAGUGUUAAGUGGGAUGCCUGAAUAUCCAGUAUUGUCUUAAUGGCGUUCAUCCCCGCGUCUCCUUCUCCAGUGUCUUCGUAGGCUGUCGUCCUCUUACCGGUGAUGUUUCUGUUCAUUGAGCCCUGUAGAAAUUUCGAAGAGGACUACUUUCACUGAUGGUGGUCAUGUUUUCUGUGUUCCUGCUUUCUGAGAUUAGGAUUGUGUUUUUUAAAAGAGGGAGCAUCAGGUUACUGUGGUAGUUACAUUAAUUAGCUCUAGUAACAGUUGCGUUCAGCUGUGUUUUGUGCGUGUGUGUGUUUUGUGAGACAGUUGUUGUUGAUAAGUGCGGGGGG